AUGUCCGGCGCGUUUGCCGGCGAGGGCCUAAAGAGCCCGCGCUUUCGAGCCAAGGUCGCGCAGCAGCAGCGCCAGCGGCUCUCCCGGCACACGCCUUUGCGGCAAGAGGCCGACCUCGCAGCUGUCAGUGGUGCUCCGGAGAAGGCUGCCCGAACGGCAGCGCCAUUAGAGGCGGCACACCGUUUCAUUGGAGAGUACGCCAACACUGCGAGAGGGCCUCGGUCCAAAUGGCCAUCGGCAAUAGCGGAUGGACGCAGAGCGAGGCACGAGGCGAGGCAUGCCACCGACCUGGCGUCGCGAGGGGGCGCGUUCCGGUCCGAUGCCGUCCGGCUCGCCGUCACGGUCGCCGACGGGCUGGCUGUCGCCGAGCGGGAGGCUGGUUGCGGCCCGUCGGUGCAGGCUGCCCGCGCUUGCAUGAGGCUCCUGGACGAGCUUGUUGGGGCAGUCGACCCUGCGGUGGCGCCGCUGCUCGCGCGGGCAGCGGCCGUCGCCGAGCGCUGCAUCUUUUCGGAUGAGGUGGACGGGUCCGCGUGCGGGGCGGCAGGCGUGCUGAGGGAGUCCUCGGGUGCAUGGGAGACGCGGCUCCCCUUCUUUGAGAUUGCGGAGAGCCUCAAGCAGAAGAGCAAGCUCCUCGAGCGGCUCGAGGCGGACCGGGCGACGCUGCGGGCAAAGCUGGAGCACGAGUACGAGGCGGCAGAGAGCAGCGAGCGGCGCUACCAGGCACCGUGCGCUGGGUGGCCCCUGCCGCAGCCUCGCAUUGAGAGACGGCGACUCCUCCCGCAGGCGCUUCUGGCCGAGUCGGUUGAGGUGCACCGAGAGCGAAUGCAGGCCAUGCAAGCGAUGCAGACGAUGCAGAAGACCAACGAGCAGCUUCGUGCCGCGCUCGUUGACGCCGAGGGCAUGAACGCGAAGCACGAGACGGAUGUCCAGCGGAAAGUCGUUCGCCGAUUCUCCGAUGCAGCAGGAGAGGGGAGAGGACCGCCGGCAGACGACUGA